CUGGCACUUGUGCCGGUGUGGGAGCUGGCACUUGUGACGGUGUGGGAGCUGACACUUGUGCCGGUGUGGGAGCUGGCACUUGUGACGGUGUGGGAGCUGGCACUUGUGACGGUGUGGGAGCUGGCACUUGUGACGGUGUGGGAGCUGACACUUGAGUCAGUGUGGGAGCUGGCACUUGUGACGGUGUGGGAGCUGGCACUUGUGACGGUGUGGGAGCUGACACUUGUGACGGUGUGGGAGCUGACACUUGUGCCGGUGUGGGAGCUGACACUUGUGACGGUGUGGGAGCUGACACUUGUGACGGUGUGGGAGCUGGCACUAGAGACGGUGUGGGAGCUGGCACUUGUGCCGGUGUGGGAGCUGACACUUGUGACGGUGUGGGAGCUGACACUUGUGACGGUGUGGGAGCUGACACUUGUGCCGGUGUGGGAGCUGACACUUGUGACGGUGUGGGAGCUGACACUUGUGCCGGUGUGGGAGCUGGCACUUGUGCCGGUGUGGGAGCUGGCACUUGAGCCGGUGUGGGAGCUGGCACUUGUGCCGGUGUGGGAGCUGGCACUUGUGCCGGUGUGGGAGCUGGCACUUGUGCCGGUGUGGGAGCUGGCACUUGUGCCGGUGUGGGAGCUGGCACUUGUGCCGGUGUGGGAGCUGGCACUUGUGACGGUGUGGGAGCUGGCACUUGUGACGGUGUGGGAGCUGGCACUUGUGACGGUGUGGGAGCUGACACUUGUGACGGUGUGGGAGCUGACACUUGUGACAGUGUGGGAGCUGGCACUUGUGACGGUGUGGGAGCUGACACUUGUGACGGUGUGGGAGCUGACACUUGUGACGGUGUGGGAGCUGACACUUGUGACGGUGUGGGAGCUGGCACUUGUGACGGUGUGGGAGCUGGCACUUGAGUCAGUGUGGGAGCUGGCACUUGUGCCGGUGUGGGAGCUGGCACUUGAGUCAGUGUGGUAG